CAGGGAAUGGCUCAGUUCGCGUGCAGCUUCCUUUGAAGCUGCGUGGCGGUGACACUGGACCAAAUAUGUCGCGCUCCUCGCGAGCGUCGUCGUCGCUCCUCCAUUUCGGUCCAAUACUGGAGUUUCCUCGCCUUCUCCACAGGUGACGCCAUCGCUGAUCGAAGCUCGGGGUUAGGGUCUGAUCUCUUAUUCCUGCGCUGAGGCAUUUCCCUCCAUACCAUGUUCGACCCUUGCCCGCGCGAUGGCUUGGUGGAACCGGAAGAACGCCGUCUCGCCCUCCUCGUCCUCGCCCUCGUCCUCGUCCUCCCCCGCCUCAAUCGCAUCCUCCCCUGUCGGUCGUAGCUGGUCCAGGGACCUCCACCUCCCCUGGAGCUCUCGCCGCGUCGCCCGCCAGCACGAGCGUCCCAAGCUCUCCGACAUCAAGGUCGGUGGGUUGUCGUUCGACACUGGCGCCACCGCCGGCCCCUGCUUCGUGAGCUCGACGCCUGUGUCACCGCGCUCGAGCAAUCUCAACUGCAACCCAGGCCGGAUAUCGUCAUCCCUGAUUCUGCUACCGCGGCCGCUUCCAUUGCCCGAGUUCGUGGCGACGGCACCUGCGUCCCCUCAUCGGGAGUGUACGUCGGCUCUGGGGUUAGGGCUUUCAUCACCAAAAUUGGCGGGUUGCCCUCUGCCCUCACCAAAAGGGGCUUCGAGUAGAUCUGAGGGCAAUGAAACGACUCAUGCGCCUGCUGAGUGUUCCUCCAUGGUGGAUCCGAUCAACGAGAAGGCGUUUUCGGGUGGUGUAGUUGGAAGCAGGUUUCCUCACCAGAGUUUGCACAGAAGUUCAGAGCGCAGCGGCAUCUCGUUGAAUGGAUUUACUUUUAGACGUCACAGAAAGAGAUUUCAAGAUCCAAAUUCUGCAGGAUAUGUUAACUUUAUGCUUAAUAUCCCAGCUAAAAGUGCUCCAGCAAGUGGGUUCUCAAGUCCUGUGCGGAGUCCUAUAAGUAGUCCUCGGAGAUCAAAUAAUGUUGACUUUUCCACCAUUGCAACUCGAGGGCUUCAAGUAAGGUCAGCUACAGAGAUGCCAUCCACAGAUAGAGAAUCUGUUUUCCCUCUGCAGACUUCAUCUGAGGAAUUUAUUGGUGGUCCUGAUCAAACAGCUAAAAGUCUUGUCUUAAGAACCAGAAAUCCUACUACACCUUCUUCCCCAUUGCAUAGAAAAAUGUUCUCAGAUAAUUCUGCUUCAUGCCAAGAAAAUGGUGGUAACAUUAGUGUUCACCCACUUCCUCUGCCUCCUGUUGCUGCACCUCCUUCGCAAUCAGGAUUCUCUCAUCACUAUGGUACAAAAUCUGAGGCAUUAUCUAUGAGAAGUCAGUGGAAGAAAGGAAAUCUCAUUGGAAGUGGAACAUUUGGCAAUGUUUAUGAAGCCACCAACAUACACACUGGAGCUUUAUGUGCAAUGAAAGAAGUUAAUAUAAUUCCUGAUGAUGCCAAAUCAGCUGAAUGCGUAAAACAGUUGGAACAGGAAAUAAAGUUUCUCAGCGAAUUUAGGCAUCCAAAUGUUGUGCAAUAUUAUGGGAGUGAAACAAUUGAUGACCAGUUUUACAUAUAUCUUGAAUAUGUUCAUCCUGGUUCAAUCAAUAAAUAUGUUCACCAGCAUUGUGGAGCUAUGACAGAAUCAGUUGUCCGCAAUUUUACCCACCAUAUUCUCAAAGGGUUAGCCUACUUGCAUGGUAAAGAUAUAAUGCAUAGGGAUAUCAAAGGAGCAAAUUUGCUUGUUGAUGCACGUGGCGUUGUUAAGCUGGCUGAUUUUGGGAUGGCAAAACAUCUAAGUGGGGUAGCCGGAACUCGUUCAUUAAAGGGUUCACCAUAUUGGAUGGCUCCAGAGGUGAUGCAGGCUACAAUGAACAAGGAUAUUGGUUAUGAUCUUGCUGUUGACAUUUGGAGCUUGGGUUGUACCAUUAUUGAGAUGUUUACAGGAAAACAGCCUUGGAGUGGUUUAGAAGGGGCUGCAGCUAUGUUUAAAGUCUUGCAUAAAAACCCAACAAUACCUGAAUCAUUGUCAAAUGAUGCUAAGGACUUCCUGCAAUGUUGCUUCCAUAGAAACCCCGCAGAGAGACCAACUGCCAACAUGUUGCUCGAACAUCCCUUCAUACAACUCUCAGACCACUACAACGGACAUGGUUCUCUGCAAGCAUUUGCAGGGAUUAAAAUUAUUGAUAAUACUAUCAGCACGAGAGAGAAAAAUAAAUCAAGAAGUGAAUCAUGCGUGAGAGGGAGACACUCAAUAAAUGGAGAAAGCAGGCAGUCUCAUCCUGGAACUUCUGAGACAGAUGUCUCUCGAGUUUCACCUCGGUCUGCUCCUGAGAUUGUUCUUAGUCCAUCACAACCUCAACCAAAUCAUAUUAUGUCAAGUUCAUCUAGCACUUCUGCAAAUAUUCUGAACAGUGUGCGACUAGCUGCUGCAAACGUCCAGCCCUGUGUGUUACCCAUGCCUUACAAGAAAGCCAUUGUAAAUCUCUCCUGACUGGCCACUUGGCAGAGUCAUGCCAAACUUGAACAGAUCAUUCAAGCUUUUCAGGAGUUUUAAUCGAUCGUCUGCAAUCGUCCCAUCGUCUCCUCGUGUUCCAUCCUGUUUUUUUUCAUCAAAGACUGAUGGUAUUGGUCAUUAACAAUGGCGAUCCAGGAGGUUCGUAAACUGGACCUAUAGAUCCUCAGAAUUAGCUUACUCGGUUGACCAAUGGCCAGUAGUCCGGUUGGAAAUGGAGAGCUGUACAUGUGGUACAUAGCCAUUAUUGUAUUCAAGAACUUCACAAGGGUCGAAUUUGUCAAUGCCCACACUAAUAUUUCUCUUGUACAAUACUGUCACAGACAAUUCAGACGUAGUCAAAGUUCAGAUUGCAAUACUUUCUCAGCCUGUAUGAUAGCAAGAUUUCAAUUAUUGUUUAGCUGUUAUUGAACACCACUAUUCAGUACAUAAAGAAGUGACAGCCAGCAAACUAAU